GGGACCAUGGGGGAAGCAGGCGUUAGGAUUCCUGGGUUCUAAUCCACCUGUGUGCCCCAAGCAGUCUCCCGUGCCUCAGUUUCCCCUGCCUAAAACGACCAAAUUCUUUCCCCCUACACCGGGGCUUGAGCCUGAGCUGCUGUUUGUGGCCGGGGGCACAGAGACCCGCGGGGCUGGCAAUGCCUGCCCCCAACCAGCCCACGUGUGCGGCGCGGCUAUGGGACAAAGGGGCCGCUCUCGGGGAUGGGGGACGGGGAAGGCUGGGAUCGCGCUGCUCCCCUCCCCCCUCCUCCGUUUCAUCUGAAACUGCCUGCCCAGCGGGGGGGGGAGUUUCACAGAAACCUGCGGACAAUGGGGCUGAGGCGCCUUCCCACCCAAUCAUGGCUUCAGCGGGUCUCCAGAUCUUGGGCAUGGCGCUCUCGGUGGUGGGCUGGCUGGGCUCCAUCAUCUCCUGCGCCCUGCCCACGUGGAAGGUGACGGCCUUCAUCGGCAACAACAUCGUGACGGCGCAGACCAUCUGGGAGGGGCUGUGGAUGAACUGCAUCGUGCAGAGCACCGGCCAGAUGCAGUGCAAGGUCUACGACUCCAUGUUGGCGCUGCCCCAGGACCUGCAGGCUGCCCGCGCCCUCAUGGUCAUCUCGGUGCUGCUGGCCCUGCUGGCCCUGCUGGCGAGCGUCGUGGGCGCCAAGUGCACCAACUGCGUGGAGGACGAGGGCGCCAAGGCGCGGCUCAUGAUCGUCUCCGGCGCCGUCUUCGUGAUCUCCGGCGUCCUCUGCCUCAUCCCCGUGUGCUGGUCGGCCAACACCAUCAUCCGGGACUUCUACAACCCGCUGGUGUCCGAAGCCCAGAAGCGGGAGCUGGGGGCCUCGCUCUACGUCGGCUGGGCCGCCGCGGCCCUGCUGGCUCUGGGGGGCGCCCUCCUCUGCUGCACCUGUCCCGAGAAGAACCCCAACUACAGUGCCCGCUACACGGCCGCUGCCUCCCAGCCCCGCAGUGACUACCCCAGCAAGAACUACGUCUGAGGGGCCCCUCGGUGGGGGUGGGCAGAGGGUGGGGGCCCCAUCCCCGCAGCAGACUCCUGGGUGCAAAGCUCGCUGGGUGGGUGCUGGGACCGCGUCUGCCGGGUGGAGGGAAGACGGAAGCUAAGCUGCCAGGCCCAGGGUCUCUGCCAUUCGUGGUGGCUUCACCUUAGCUUCUGGGCCCCACCACGCUGCAAUGGUCCUCGGCCCACACGGUCCACCAGCGUCCUGCUGCCUUCCAGCUCUUCUCCCCUCAGAUGUGGGUCGUCUCACACCCCAGCCCAGCUCCUCUCCGGCCCCGUUCUCCCCUCCCUAGGCCCAGAACGUCUCCUGAUGCCGCCCAGCUCGAGGCCCUGCCCCCUCGAAGGGCUGAUCGCUGGAAAUUAGAGGGUUAUCUUUGGGGGGAGGUCAAAUAGAGCACCCCAAGCCUAGCCUCUGCCUCUAGAGGAGGAUGGAAGUUGGGUUGCCUAGUUUUAACCUUUGCAUGUGUCCUACAUAGUCCUUGGAUAUUUUUCAUAGCAUCUGCUUGUUUUUAUAGAUGACGAAUAAAGUAUCUUGAGAUUUUUUUGUA